AUGUAUAAUCUUUAUUCCAGUCGUGAGAAUGCAAAUCCUUCAGCAAGAGAUAUUGUUCGUUGCUUACUACCACGUAUUGAUUUGCCUGAAAGUAUAUCUGAUGAAGAACUGUACCAAAUUAUCCGGAAUAUUGUGUACAGCGAACGUCCCAAGCGUAUAAGAUUACCUCAGUUCAAUUCAUUUGAUGAUGCCGUCGAGCUAUUCAGAAGGUGCAAUCGUAUUUUGGUAUUGACUGGUGCCGGCGUUUCUGUAUCUUGCGGCAUACCAGAUUUCCGUAGCAAAAAUGGAGUCUAUGCACGGCUUCAUAUGGAGUAUCCCGAUCUACCAGACCCAACUGCAAUGUUUGAUAUCAAAUAUUUCCAAAAAAAUCCGAAACCAUUUUUCGAAUUUGCAAGAGAGUUGUUUCCUGGCCGCUAUAGAGCUUCAUUAUGCCACUACUUUAUUAAAGCUCUUGAAGAUGAUGAGAAACUUUUAAGAAAUUACACUCAAAAUAUCGAUACUUUGGAGCAGGUAGCUGGUAUCAAACGAAUUGUACAAUGCCAUGGAUCCUUUGCAACUGCAACAUGUCGAAGCUGUGGUGUGAAAGUUGACAGUGAGGCAAUUCGAGAAGACAUUGAUGCUGGACGUGUCGCAAUGUGCCGAAUAUGUAAUCAACCAGAAGGAGUCUUAAAGCCUGAUAUAGUUUUUUUCGGUGAAGAUCUUUCCGAUGAUUUCCAUGAAAAAAUGGCAGAAGAUAGAAACAAGGUCGAUUUGGUCGUAGUUAUCGGAUCCUCUCUAAAAGUACAGCCAGUUGCCCUUUUACCUUAUAACGUUGGCGAAAAAGUACCACAGAUACUCAUUAAUCGUGAAUCUUUACCUCAUUAUUCUACUGAUAUUGAAUUACUGGGCAACUGCGACGACAUUGUAACUCAGCUAGCCUUGGCUUUAGGUCCUCCAUAUACCGAUAUUUUUAAAAAAGGACACACAGCGAAUUGCGACGGUCCUAUGUUGAAAAAACUUGUUGUUCGGAAAAUCAUGGACGAAAAACGAUUCAAGGUUGGUUUCUCAUGGCAAUACCAGUUAUUGAAUCAGCCGCCAGUUAAACGACCCCGGCUAGAAGAGUUGCCCUUAAUGUGGGAUGCGCGUCAUGUCAGCGUUGGGUUAAAGCUUCCUGUUGAUGGCUAUCUUUUUGUUUCACCUAAUAAGAACAUAUUCCCAGGAGCGGAAAUGUAUUAUGAUAAAGACAGCGAUUCUUUUCAUCAGUUGUCAGAUCAUUAUCAUAGCUCUCCUGCAUCAAGCUACUCAGAAUCAGAAGAAAAUGAAGAUGCUGUAUGUGACAUUGGUGUUAGAACGUUAUCUUUGGAGGAAUCUUCAAUUCAUGUGGAAGAAUGUAGUGAAAGGUGUGUCUCAUGUCCACCAGCAUUAAAUCUAGAAACAGAUUGCGAAACUAUUAGCGGAAAUUUAAAGCCUUUAUUUCCAGCAAAUGGUUCUGAAGAAGAAGAUUCUACCCACGAGCUAUUCAAGACCUAA